UGAGUUGCCAUAGUUGAAAAUGAAUCUGCACUUGCUUACAUAUAUCCUUUCUUGAGAUUGGUUUGCAAGGAAGGAUGUAGGAAUGCAUGUGAAGAAAAGAACAUCGGUCAAUUCCCUACAUUUUGCUCAAUAUCGCUUUGCUGCUGCUCUGCUCUUGUUUUCCAACAUCACUUUUUUUCUCAAAUCCAUUCCUACAGUUCUGUGCCAUACCUAUACUUCUCUGCUUUCUAGAGAAGGCUGUAGAGAUUGUGGUCUCGGAUAGAUUGGCUGAGGUUGUCCAUCUGAGAAAGAGGGAAUAUUGAAAACUUAGAAGAGCUGAAAGAAGUCGUUGAUCUUGCAAAAUUAAGAGGAGGCAGAUUUCGUCUUGUGCUUUUAGAAGAAAAAAAAAUACAAAAACAGAAAAACUACUUUUGAAAAAAUGGAUAUCAUUUCGUUAAUCGUGGAAAAAAUAAUAGACUACUCAGUUGGUCCAGUUGGAGAACAGUUUGGCUAUCUUGUUUUGUACAAGAGUAGUAUUGCAACUCUUGAAGAGAAAUUUCAGAGAAUACUUGAGAAGAAUGAGACAGUGCAACAAUCUGUUAAUGGAGCCCAAUGGAAUCAGGAAGUAGUCACAAGUGAAGUUAAGACCUGGCUGACAAAUGUAGAGAAACAAAAUGAAGAAAUCCAGAAAUUCCUUGAAUAAGAUGUGAAAGCUAAUAGGAUGUGCUUGAAUGGUUGGUGUCCGAAUCUGAAGUUACGCUAUUCUUUGGGUAAGAAAGCUCAAAAGAAUACUCAAGUUAUCGAUGAAUUGCUACAAAAGGGUAAAGAUUAUGCUAGGGUGUACAACAUUAAAACUCCAUUGAAAGUAAGAUCACCAUCUACAGAACUGUUUAAGGAUUUUGAAUCACGAAAGUCAACGAUUCAAAAUGUUUUGAAUGCUCUAAAGAAUGACGAUAUCAACAUGAUUGCAUUAUGGGGUAUGGCAGGGGUCGGCAAGACAAAAAUGGCCAAAGAGAUUAAGAGAAUAGUGGAAUCUGAUAAUUUAUUCCAUAAAGUUGCCAUUACGGUGGUGUCUCAAAAUCCAAACUUCAUAAAGAUUCAAGGCGAACUUGCAGAAUCGCUAGGUACGAGACUUCAAGCAGAGUUUUUACAUGGAAGAGCAAAUGAAUUAUAUUCAAUAUUGACUGAGACUAAGAAAGUCCUUUUGAUAUUAGAUGAUGUUUGGAAACCACUUGAUAUUGAGGAUAUUGGAGUUUACCAAGCAAUUAAAGAAAAGAGCUGCAAAAUCUUGUUGACGACAAGAAAUGAAGAAACUUGCAAUGGUAAGAGCAUUCGGCCGAAGAUUUUUCCAGUUGAACUUUUAUCUGAGGAAGAAGCAUGGAAUCUUUUCAAAGAAAUGGUUGGCGAUUAUAUCAAUGCCUCUGAUCUAAUCUCAAUUGCAGAACAGGUUGCGAAGGAAUGCGCACGUUUACCCCUUGCCAUUGCGGUAGUUGGAAGUGCUCUUAGGAACAAAAGUGACAAAAAUGAGUGGAAAGCCGUGCUUCAGCAACUUAAAAUGUCUAUGCUAGAAAAUAUCUUUGAUCUACAGGCAAAGGUAUAUUCUAGCAUAGGGUUCAGUUACAAUUACUUAGAAAGUAAUGAAGCCAAAUCAUGUUUUUUGCUAUGUUGUUUGUAUCCCGAAGAUUAUGAUGUUCCGGUUGAACAUUUAGUCAGGUAUGGAGUUGCAAAAAGGUUUUUUAAUGGCUUGGAUACUGUGGAAGAAACAAGAGUACAUGUUUGUGCGAUAGUUCAGAAUCUUAGAAGAUCAAAUCUCUUAUUGGAUGGCAACAAGGCCGAAUGCGUCAAAAUGCAUGAUGUUGUACGAGAUGUUGUCAUAUCAAUUGCAUCCAAAGAAGAAAAUGGUUUUAUGGUAAAUUUGGACAAAGGACUCAAAGAUUGGCCACCGAUGGAUAGAUCAUAUGAUAGUUACACUGCAAUUUCUCUUUUACUUAGAGAAAUGAAAGGGCAUCCAAUUGAGUUGAAGUGUCCCAAACUUCAGCUUUUGCGACUAUCAUGUUUAAACCAUUCAAAAACGUUCCCAUACAAUUUCUUUAACGGGAUGAAGGAGCUAAAGAUGUUGUCUAUGCAAGAAGGUUGCUUCUCCUUAACACUGUUGCCACCAUCAAUCCAAAUCUUUCAAAACCUUCAAAUGCUAAAUCUGCAGAGUUGUCGCUUAGGAGAUGUGUCAGCAAUUGGAACCCUUGGAAAUCUAGAAAUUCUUGGCUUUCCUAAUUCCGAUAUUGAGGAGUUGCAGUCAGAAAUAGGAAAUCUUAGUCGAUUAAAAUUACUAGAUAUGAAGGGAUGUGAUUCUCUAAAAAGAAUAGCAGCUGGUGUAUUAUCCGGUUUAUCUCGACUAGAAGAAUUGUAUGUGGGAAGAUUCAGGAAUUGGGCAUGUAAGACUACGAUGGAAGGAAAUGGAGAAGUAACAAAUGAUAAUGCUAGCCUUGCUGAACUAAUUCCUUAUUCCAGUCAACUGGUGGUAUUAGAAAUUAGUGUACCAAGUAUCUUGUGCUUGCAAAAAGAAUUGCACUUCAGUAACUCCAAUUUCAGAUUUAAGAUAAAGAUUGGUGCUGAUUUUUAUGAUUCGACAGCUGGGAGAUAUUUCUUUGAAAAUACUUUGAAACUUGGAGGGGAGGAUGCAAGUGAUCUUAGGGAACACCAAACAAUUUGUUCACUGGUGAAGAAUGCUGUAGUUUUGCAUUUCGAUAUUGCAAAAAAUUCGAAACAUAUUUGGUUUGGGAAAGAGCAAAAAGGAAUUAAUUUACCAUACUGCUUGGAGGAUCUAAAGAUUUGUAGAUGUGAAAAUUUAGAAUAUCUACUUGAAGCCACAUCGAAUAGUACUCCACCUAAUACCUUCCAUCGCCUCGUGUCAGUAUCAUUAAAUAACUUACCAAGGCUCAUUGGCAUUUGCAAUUCCACGGAGUCAAUUGAGGUUGAAAGAGGAGGUAGCACCACAUCAAAAACCAUCGCUCAUAAACUAUUUUCAUCCGACACCAUUUUGUGGGUGCCCAAGUUGGGAUCCCUUAAUGUAGAAGGUUGUAGAUCACUAGAAGUGAUAUUUGAUCUUGAAGGACUAGAGGUCAAAGAGAACCCCAAGCCCUUCCUAGCAGAACUUUCUAAUCUACAUUUAUGGGACUUGUCUGGGAUGGCACAUGUGUGGAAGAAUAUUUCACCAGGAUUUCAAGGUUUUAAAAACUUAAUAUCAAUUGAUAUCUUGAGGUGUCAUAGUCUAAACUGUUUGGCCAUUGAAAAUUUUUAUCUCAAACACAAAAUUCUCAUCUCAUCAUUACAACUUUCCCAAAUCCCCAUACAAAAUAUAAUAAACAAUUUAACUUUUUCUUAACUUUUUCAAAUCCCG